UGGCAGAUUGCCACGCUGGUCCUGUUGUUGGGUGGUGCAGCCCUCAUCCUGUUCUCCUUCCUGGUGGCCCUGGUGUCAGUGUGUGUCGGCUCCAGGAGCCACUGCUACAGACCCGUCGCUGUCAUGCUGUUCGCUGCAGGUACAGUAUAGCACACACACACACGUGUUCAAACAGACAGAGACACACACACACACAGCACACACACACACACUCAGUUCUGUUAUAACUAAAGAAUAUUCAUUUUUCUAUUAUCUUGUCAUUUCAUGUUCCUCAUUUAUUUUCUCUGCUUCACUCUGUAACAGUGGUGCUUCAGGUCUGCAGUCUGGUCCUCUACCCCAUUAAGUUCAUUGAGACGGUCAGCUUGAGGAUAUACCACGAGUUUAACUGGGGCUACGGCCUCGCCUGGGGGGCCACCAUCUUCUCCUUCGGAGGGGCCAUUCUCUACUGCCUCAACCCCAAGAACUAUGAAGACUACUAC